AUGAUCAGAAGAUUUGCUACUGCUUUGUGGAAGGGAAGUUUGAAGGAAGGUGGAGGUGUUGUUUCAACACAAUCAAAGGUUAUCAAUAAUUUGGCAUAUGGUGUUCCAUCUAGAUUCGGUGAAGGUGUUGUUGAAAAUAAUACAAACCCAGAGGAAUUGAUUGCUGCUGCACAUGCCGGUUGCUAUUCAAUGGCGUUGUCCGCUCAAUUGGGAACUGUUAAUUUGGUACCAAAAUCAAUCAAUACCACCGCUACAUUGGAGAUGAUCAAGGAAGAUGCUGGUUGGACUAUCAAGCAAAUCAACUUGAAGUGUGUUGCCAACGUACCAGGUGCUUCCAAAGACCUCUUCUUGGAGAAAGCCAAACAAGCCAAAGAAGGUUGUCCAGUAUCAAAGGUACUCAAAUGUCAAAUCUCACUCGAUGCCUCACUUGAGAAUUAA